UCGCCGCUAUCGCCGCCGCCGCCGCCGCCGCCAUUUUGUGAGAGUGCCUCGAGCGGGCGCCAUGUUUGUAAGGAAGAAAUAGGGCAGCCAUCUCCGGCCACCAGCACUUCCCUUCCCCCGUGUGUGUGUCCUCUCGUUCUCCUGUGCCCCGGGCCUGCUCCUCGAGCCGCCGCCGCCGCCGCCUCCUCUCCUCCCGCCCGCGCGGGGCGGCCGGGCGCAGCUGUGCAGCCCUUCCUGCACUGAGUGCCCGUUAGUGUCCCACUAAGUAACCGUGAGUGCAACCUUCAUCAUCGCUCCGCACGGAGGGACCGGCCCUCCUCCUCCUCCUCACCGAGCCGCCCCCGGAGCGGCCGUGCGCGCCGCCGCCUCCUCCUCCCGCAGCGGCGGUGUCCUGCCUUCCUCCACCUCCCUCCUCCUCACCACACCACGGCCAGCAGCAUGGCCUUUGAAAGCCUGUUCUCCAAACCCCCAAACCCAGUUCUUGACCCAAACAUGCCCGACUCUGACAGGCAACAUGCAGGGGACGAAAGAGAAGAUGGAGAGCUUGAGGAUGGUGAAAUAGACGAUGCAGCUUAUGAAGAUGUGAAAGAACAUGGUUCAAAAGAUGAUAAACAGAAAAAUGAGAAAGGACACAGAAAAUCACGGAAGAAACGCAAAAAAGAAAAAGAAAAGAAAAAGUCCAAAAGGAGAAGACGGGAUAAACAUAAGCAUAACUCUCCUUCCAGUGAUGACAGUUCAGACUACAGCCAUGACUCUGAUAUUGAACGUACAGAAAGAUCACAUAAAAAAAGUAGCAGUUCUUCAUACAGAGAUUAUGAUUCUUCGUUCAGUCAGCAUGGACACGUAUCUGGAAAUUACAUGAGUUCACAGAAAAUGCAACAUAAAAAGAAUGUAAAGAGUAAGGAGUAUGAUGACUACAGUCAUUACAGUGAUGAGAACUUUGGUAAUUAUAACGAGGAGGAAAAAGAUGAAGAUUUUGCCGAUCAGCUCAAACAAUACAGGCAAGCUAAAGAGACCUCCAGUAGCGAUUUAGGACCUCCGUUUAUGAAAGAACCAGUGAAAAAACAGGGGAUGAAAGGGAUCCAGAAAGGUAUUUCUCAGCGAGGUAAUAAUUAUGGGGUUGGCAGAGGACGUGGAAUGCAAAAGAAAUUGAAGCGCAAGGAUCGUGGAAGAGGAAGAGGGGGCAAUAAAGGGUCUGAUGGCUUUCAUGAGGAUGGCAAACCAGUGAAGAAAUGGGUUAAUAUGAGUCAGGAAUUCAUCAAUCAGCACACAGUGGAACACAAAGGCAAACAAAUCUGUAAAUAUUUCCUUGAAGGGAGAUGUAUUAAGGGAGAGCAGUGUAAAUUUGAUCAUGAUGCAGAGAUAGAGAAGAAGAAGGAAAUCUGCAAGUUUUACAUACAGGGUUAUUGCACCAAAGGAGAGAACUGCAUUUAUUUGCACAAUGAAUUCCCUUGCAAGUUUUACCACACAGGAGCAAAAUGUUAUCAAGGAGAUAAGUGCAAAUUUUCUCAUGCACCCCUGACUGCAGAAACAAAAGAGCUGCUGGAUAAGGUUUUGAAUAAUGAGGAGGAACCACAAAAUGAAGAUGAGAAGGAACUGGAGGAGCUCAGAAAGCGUGGCAUAGUUCCUCUCCCUAAGCCACCACCGGGUGUCGGACUGCUGCCCACCCCAGCUGAGCAAUAUCCAUUUUCUGAGUCCGAUAUAGAGAAUUACCAGGAUCCCUCAGGAGAUUAUAAGAAAAUACCAUCUCUCUUUGAAAUUGUUGUGAAGCCCACUGUGGAUUUAGCACACAAAAUUGGAAAAAAGCCACCAACCUUCUACAACAGCUCAUCACCACCUAGACCACCGUUUCAGGGGAAUGACCCGCAUUCUCAGCAUAUGUAUAACCCAGGCUCGAGCCCAGGGCCUGGACCUGGCAUGCCACAAGGACAUAACGGACCACCAAUGCACCCAGGUUCUCCUGGACAUCACCCGUGUGCAGGGCCUCAAGGAAUGCCGCAGAGUCCUCCUAUGCAGGGCGUCCCACCAGGCUUUCUGGGACCGCAGAACCAGAGCGGCAUGCCUAUGCAAGGACAGCAAGGUGGUCCUCCUCUGACACCACCAGGCCUUGGUGGCUCUUACAAUGCCCCUGGAGUUCAAGGACAUAUGGUGAACAUGCCAAGAGAUAAUCAUUGUCCUCCGGGGCCGCAGUACCAGCAGAUGCCUGGUGAACGACAGCCGAAUAUGAAUUAUGAGCCUAUUCAGAACCCGGCUGACUUCUAUGACAAUUACUAUUCUCAUCAAGCUGUGCAUAACUUCCAGCCAGCAAAUAACUCUGGUGAUGGAACAUGGCAUGGAGAAUUUACAGAUCACCAGGCUCACCUCAUGGCUCAAGAGUCUCAUCAAGGUGGAAGCGAGUCAGACUGUAUGGGUGGUCAUAUGGGCCAUAAACCAGCCAUUAACGUACCAGACUUCCUUCCAGCAAUGCAGAAAGCCCUGUAUGUAAGGCUUAGUCAGAAGCAUCAGAGAGAUGGAGACUCUGUCAGCAGCCAGGGUCAGAGGGCAAUGAGCAAAGAAGAAGAUGACAAUGUCAACUGGUAUUCCAGCAGUGAAGAGGAAGAGGGGAACAGUGUUAAAUCAAUACUGAAAACGCUGAAGAAACAGAGCGAGAACUUUAGGAAUCAGCAACAGCAUUCCGCAGAGCAGCACAUGCUUGGUAUUCCUACUGAUCCCAGGCUGGCAAAAGAUAAAGGUGCAGGGCCUCAGGCUGCUGACCCAAGGCUUAGGGCCUCGCCAAGAUCAAACCCCAGAAAGCCAUCGGAAUCCGCAGCCUUGGACCCCAGGCUGAGAGAUCCCAGGAUGCACAAAGUCAGCGACGGAGGUCACGGCAGCUCGUCUCUUGUGGGAGCCAAGUUAGAUUUACACCACCCUCACACGGGCGUGAAAGUCAAGCAGAAAGGGAUGGAUGAUGAUGAAGAGGAUUCAGAAAGAGAACUGAGGGAACGAGCUUUUCUGAUUCCCUUGGAGCCUUUGCCCGGUGUAACAUUAAGGGAUCCCCGAUCUCAGCUUAGGCAGUUCAGCCACAUUAAAAUGGAUGUUACCCUGAUGAAACCAAACUUCGCUAAGCAUAUUGUGUGGGCGCCCGAAGACUUGCUGCCAAUACCUUUGCCUAAGCCUGACCCCGUCUCUUCAAUUAAUUUACCUCUUCCUCCGCUCAUAGCUGACCAGAGGCUCAAUAAACUGAGGAACCUGAAAAACGAUCCCCACCCAAACGCCAUGCCAGCUGACCCGAGACUAGCCGCCAAAGCGAAAAAUAACUUAGUGGGCAGGAGUGGCUACUUGGAUCAGUCUGUGGAUUCUCACGCCAGCAGCUCCAGCAAGCUGGGAGAUCCUCGAUUACAAAAGAACGUCGACCCCCGGCUCCACAGACUGUCCAACGCAGAUACGUAUCACGGAGUCGCAAAGGAGUCGCACCCUUCAAAGUUUGACCCCCGCCUCGCCAGAUCCGCUGCCACUUCCUCACAGCCCUCGGAAGCCGCCGCUGCUAAAGCUGAGCCGGACGCCCUGCCUCCCUACGCGCCCAAGCUGGCGGCCAGCGGCGUCAGGCUGGGGACUUCGGGCUCCUUGCUGAGCGGCAUCAGUUUGUAUGAUCCCCGGGAUCACAGCGCGGCGUCGGACGCGGCUCCGGCCGGGGAGAACGGAGAGAACCAGAAGAAAAGCAUUCUGAAAAAUCCUGCUAAAAGCGAAGCCGGCCUGUCGGAAGACGUGUCGCUGCCCAAGCCUGCCUCCAGCGUCGAAAAGACCCCCGAAGCGCCGGCGGAAGCCGCUUCGGAUAAAGCAAACAGCAACGGCAAAUCUCAGGCUAAACACUCCAGCGCUGCGCCCGCGGUGCACAAUCUUCCUAUCCAGGCCCUGUCGGGGCUGAUCAGGCCGCAGUACAGCGAUCCGAGGCAGGUGAGGCAGCCUGGACAGGUGGCUCAGGCGCAGGAUAACGAUCCCAACGGGGAGUCGGAUGAUAAGUCCCUAAAAGAUGUUUUCAAGACUUUCGACCCGACCGCUUCACCGUUUUGUUAGCGAUUGAUUUUAAGUCUUUUUACUGUUGUGAAUAUUGCAGUUUUCUGCUGUUUUGUAACUGGUUUACCUCUUUGCUUUAUUUAUUUUUAAAUUAUAAUUAUCAACACUUUUCAGCUGCUAAUCUCAGAACCACAUGCAGUUAUACAGUACGCUAUAGUGUUUGCAAAGCUGUGGUAUUUUCUAUAUAAUACUUUUCCAAUUUCAGGGAGACUAAUAAUUGACAUGUAGGAAACAAACAAACAAACAACAUGUAUCGUGUUAGAGCUGAUAAAAGCACUUUCAUUGUAAAUAAGUCAUUAAGAAAGUCUGAAGACCUGUAUAUGUGUGAGCUGUCUCUUUCAUAAACAACAUUUAGAUAUGAUUGCCACAUUUGUAUGAUUGUAUAGAUACAAGCAAUAUUAUGUACAUUACUGUGAGAGACACUGUUUGACAAGGAUUGUCCGACGCAUCAAGCCAAACCGACUAACUUGAGUACACAGGAAUGAUCUGAAAGGAAAAUGCUGAUCCUCCUUUUCCGACCAGUCAACGUCAGACAUUGGUUUUUAUUCACGCAGUCAAUAUUCUUAGUGUAAAAGAGACCUAUAUCACAUAUUGAGGAGUAAAAAUGUCAUAUCUUUUAAAAGUAUUUUAUUCUAUGCUGUAUAUAGAAGAAAUUGUGAAGUACAUAACUAGAAGAAAGUUACUGUUAAAAGUGGAGAAUACCUAAGUUGUCUAAUACAAAAAAAAAAAAGGUUUUUAUUUAAUUUUUUCACACAUACACAAUUCUGAUUAGUGCUCUAAGUUACAUUGUGGUGUUCAUGUAUUUCAAUGUAUUUUUGUAUUCAGCCGCUUAAUUUGUAUUGCUUUUUUUGUAUCGAUGUAACUGCAGUACUUGUAUUCAUUGUGUCUUUACAACAUUUUUAACAAAAAAAUUAAAAAGGGUACAGUAAAAGUCUGGUAAUGACUGUGGUGUUGACGUGCUGCCAGCUAGCUCAGGCUUGGAGGAACAGCAGAGAGGGUGUGUGAAGGACGCGAGGGACGAAGCCUGGCUUUGCGCCGCUCGCCAGUCGGACGGUGGUGGGUUUGUAAGCCGACCUCGUGUUGAAUCCAGAUGGAGUUUGCUGGCUGAGUGGUCCUGAGAUCAGACUUCUGCAUUGUCCCCUGACUACGAUUCUCAUCACCGAUGCGAGAAAUGUCGUGCAUGUUCUUUCAUUUUCAAAGAUGUUGCAUGCCGAGAGCACAACUGUCCUCAGAGCCUCUCUUGUUUUGCCUUUUGGGUUGCUUUUUAUCUAGAGGAAAUGUAGUUAUUCCUAGCUAGCUACAUUGAAAAUAAAAUUUUGCAGUCUGCUCAA